AUGGCCGAUUAUGCCCAAGUUCCGUCCACCGCAAAGGUCCAACCUAAACCUUUCAAGGUGGAGAUUGAUGCCAAUGACAUCCAAUCCAUGAAGCAUUUGCUCGCUCAUUCCAAGAUCGGACCUGCAACAUACGAAAACCAACAAACAGACCGUCGAUUCGGUAUGAACAGAGACUGGCUCAUCAAAGCCAAGAAACAUUGGGAAACCACCUAUGACUGGUAUACACUUCCAUACAAUUCGUCCGAAAAGAGCCUUGGCAGACUAAUGGCAGACAACAAACAGNNGAGAAGAUGCGAAGACCAAAUCAACUCAUUCCCAAACUUUACAAUCCCCAUCACCGACCCCGAAGGCUCGGACUUUACCAUCCAUUUCCUCGCCUUGUUCUCUACUUCCCCCACCGCGAUCCCCAUCCUCUUUCUUCACGGUUGGCCAGGCAGUAUCCUCGAGUUCUUGUCUCUGCUCACCCUCAUCAAAAAGCAAUACCCAGAUCCUGCUUCCUUGCCUUAUCACAUCAUCGUGCCUUCUCUGCCCGGCUAUGCAUUUUCCUCUUCUCCACCCACAACCAGAGACUUUAAAGCCGAACACACGGCCCCAGUAAUGGAUAUACUGAUGCGCAACCUCGGCUUUGGCGAGCAAGGCUAUAUAGCCCAAGGCGGUGAUCUAGGCAGCUUUAUUGCCCGCCAACUUGGUGUUGAGUCGCCUGCUUGCAAAGCCUUUCAUCUAAACCUCUAUCAACUUCCUGCUCCUGCAAAUGCUGACUCUUUACCUAUCUCUGAUAUCGAGAAACGGGGAUUGGAGAGGGCAAAAGCAUUCAAGGAUUCGGGGUCUGCGUAUGCCAUGGAACAUGGUACCAGGACAGCUACUAUAGGCUUGACAUUGAGUUCCUCUCCNCUGGCUUUGCUGUCGUGGAUAGGGGAAAAGUUUUUGGAGUGGACGGAUGAGGAUCCCAGUCUUGAUGAGAUACUCGAUUCUGUAUCGCUUUACUGGCUUACGGAUACUUAUGCGAGAUGCAUCUAUCCUUAUCGUAGUGUAAGUCUUACCCCUGCUCGCUUCUUUAUGCAAUUACUAACAUCGCUCCAAAGNCUCUUUGGUCCUCAAUCUGGUCCCUCCAGUAAACCGCGCUUUGCAAAACCUUCUGGAAAACCUCAAGGAUAUUCCUACUUUCCUUACGAGAUUUCUCCGACGCCAGUCUCGUGGGUCAAGGAGACUGGAAACUUUGUUCAUAUUUCUAGUCAUGACAAGGGAGGUCAUUUUGCUGCCAUGGAGAAACCGGAGGAUUUGUGGGCGGAUGUUGAGGGCUUUGUCAAGGAGGCUUGGGGCAAGAAGGAUGGUGCGAGUAAAAUUUAG